CCCAGAAUACUAUAUACGUCCUUUUUGCAUGAAAGCCUUCAAUUGUAAGUAACAGUGAAAUAAUUUUAAGAAGUUCCAGUACAAAAGGCUCUUGACAUGCUUGACAAAGAUGGAAAACCCAGGGAAAAGUUUAGUGUGCUAUGCAAUGUGUCAGACACAAAAGAUCGUGUUUGACCACAUUUCCAAACAUUGAGAAGAGAGUUGAAAAUAUGAGGCAUAGUGGAGUACUUUUGAUGAACUUUGUGGUGUUCGGAAAUGUGAUCAAACACCGUCUUGAGUGUUACAUAUAUCUUCUCAAUCAAAACUCAGACUUGGGAGAAAACCGAGAAAUAAAACCGUAAAAAUAUAUGCUAAUUAGGAUGAGAUAUCCAAACACCAUGCCAUCACAUUAUUUAUGGUUUCCUCUGUUGAAAUAUGAUGAAUUAUUAAUGAGUUUGAGAAGCUAUCACUUUUCUUCCUAUAUGCUGAAAAUGGUUAGAAGAAGUUUAAGUAAAGGAAGAAGCAACAUUUCAAGACCAAACAGGGGUGGUGUGGUAGGCCUUUAUCACCACACCACACCACCCCCCCCCCCCACCUCUCCCCUGAUAACCAUAUAUGGUUUCAAUAAAGGUUAGGUUCAAAAAACGUUAGGUUGUGACAGAUUAACUUUCUACAGCUCAAUGCUUAAUAGAUAUGAGGUGCAGUUAUUAAAUUUUGUGAGAGGGAGAGUCUUAGAUGAGAAGGAUUAAAAGAUUGAAGAUGUAUUUUUAGUCCAAACGGAUUAUUUAUGUGUUGUCAUAAUUUGAGUUUUUGUUGAACACUAAGCCACAGAGAAACCAGUAUCUGUAUAAUAUAUUACUGUGUGACAAAGUUACUUGAGUCAAGCAUUUGUAUUGGCAAGGUAUAAGAACCGUCAUUUUUUUUCCAAAAAGUGAAAAUAAACCGCAGGCUCUUUAGUUCACAGUUUGUUGUUUUGUGUAUAUUUCCUAUGGCGAUUUCUAUCUUUGUUAUGUAAUACAGUGAACAUCAUUUUUUUAAAUAUAUACAGGGUUGAUAGCAAAAUUUACAUGUCAAAGAGAUUAACGAGAAGAAUGUAGUGUUAUUUAACCUGUUUUAAAGUGUCAUUCAUGGUUAGUCAAAACAAACAAAAUCAACUUAAAAGGAAAUAAAAUUGGCUUACUAGUUGAUUUAGUCUGCUUAUUAAAAUGGUAUUAAAAUAGAAUAAAGACUACAUCCAUUCCACGAGAAGUCACGAUGAUCCAAAGUUCAAAAUUGCACAAAUGUGUAUUUUUUUUUCAAACCGCCAAUGAACAGAGAUUUCCAAAAGAAACUAAUUUGUUUGGCCACGCUUUGCAGCUACUAUGUGUUCCUAUGGUAACGGUGAUUGUGAUACCGGCUAUUGUUAGAGUGAAGUUGUGGUGCUUUUGUUGUAGAGCUGUGUGCAUCAUCCUUUGUACUCGGUAUUCAUAAUUGCAAAGGUAACGCCACAAGUCUUUUGUGUGCGUUUGUCAACAACAUAAGUAAGAUAAUUUUCGCGCAUUUGUGUUUUCCCAAGGGAGUGAUUAUUUUAGCACGUGAAACGGCCCUGCUAAUUUCCGCCCAAGAUAUCGUUUCCCAGUUUUUGUGCUUGCUAUUGUAGCUAAUCAGCAUUUCUGAGAGUUUGGCAAUCUGUUAUCACCUUGCAGGCUUUGUGUUGGACUGCGUCACUCUAAGAAGAGUGAUGUUUCUAAGGAAAUAGACUCAAACGAAGUUGAAUCGACGGCGUCGCGUGCACGCAGGAAACGAGAUUUAUACGCGAACCUGCUUCGCUCGACACGUUUGAAGAACACACAGCUUUGACAUCAUCUUUUCACGUUAACGGAAGCUGAAAAUUUCAGUUUAACAAGCAAAGUAAACAAAAGAUUUAACCUCUGCCUCGCUAGUAAAACCUCUGCCUACAGAGAGGCCUGCAAAGGACGAACACUUGACGAUACGAGCGCGUCAAUAAUACAAACAAGUGGAUCAGAUUUCAAGAAUCGACGGUGAUGCAUAUUCCACGUUGAAAUCUUCUCAGCUGGUUUUCAAGACAAAUUUAUCUUCCUUCCGUGUUUAAUGGCCCGUGUUAAUUGUUAUAAUUGUUCGUGAAGUGGCAUGGCGAAGAGCCAUGAGAUGGUACAACCGAAUUCGUACAAUACCCGCAAAAUUCGAGGCGAGUUGUACACAACCUCCGCGGGGGAAAGGUCGCCAUUCUACGAUUCGGACUCGCCAAGCGAUACUCUAUCGGUUAACGGCGCCUCAAGCGAAUCGACUUCGGCAAGAUCUUCUCGCUCCUCUACUUUGGGUUCAGGGUUAUCUAGUCGUUCAACAACAACUACAGAAAGCGAUGGCGAAACCGAAGCUUUGGACAACGUCCGUGUUGUGGCAAGAGCACGUCCUUUAAAUCCUUUUGAGAAGGAAAGAGGAGACAAGAACAUUAUCAAGCUGCCAGGUGAUGGAGCAGUUUGGAUUGACAACAGCUUUGGCCAGAUCAAGCCUUUUACUUUCAAUGAAGCAUUUGGUGAAGAGACCUCACAGGAGGAGAUAUUUGAAGGAUGUGGCAUUAAACACUUGGUGGAGAUGGCUUUAGAAGGGUAUUCCUGUACAGCCUUUGCAUAUGGUCAGACUGGAUCAGGGAAGACGUACACCAUCACCGGCCCACUAAAUCUGGAAGGCCCUGUGGCUAACAAGGACAAGUUUAUUCCUGAUCCAGACAUGCAAGGACUGAUUGAAAGGUCUUUCCAUUAUUUAUUUGAGCUAAUGGAUAAUCGUUCAGAUGUUGUGUAUACGCUCAAAGCUUCGUAUUUGGAAGUGUAUAAUGAAAAGGUGCAGGAUCUACUCAACCCCUCCAGAGCAAGAGACUCCCUUCCUGUGCGCUGGGCCAGGGACAGAGGCUUCUAUGUAGAAAACUUGUUUUUUGUGGAGUGUGACGCACUGGAUGACCUUACAGCUGUGUUAGAGGAAGGAUUGAGUAAUCGACAAGUGGGUUCACAUUUAAUGAAUGAUCAUUCCAGCAGAAGUCACAGUAUGCUUACAGUUUACAUUGAUAUUGAAUCAAACGACCCGGAAGACGAAUCUGGUUACCCCGUUGUUAAACACGGCAAGUUGAGCUUGGUGGAUUUAGCAGGGAGCGAGCGCGUCAAAGAAACCAAGUCUGUUGGAGGCACGUUCGCCGAGUCGCAGAAUAUCAAUAAGAGUUUGUUGACGUUGGGGAAUUGUAUUUCUGCCUUGAGCGACCCAAGGAAAAAGAACAGUCACAUACCUUACCGUGACAGCAAACUGACCAAGCUUCUGGCGGACAGCCUGGGUGGUGAUGGUAUCACCCUCAUGAUCGCAUGUAUUUCGCCAUCUUCUUAUGUGGUGCAGGACACCUUAAACACCUUACGGUACGCUCACAGAGCCAAGAGAAUAAAAAACAAACCUGUGGUACAGAUGGACCCCAAAGAAAAACUGAUCCUAAGCCUUAAGCGGGAAAUAAAGUUGUUAAGGACUGAAAAUUCUUACUUCCGCCAACAGCUGGGAUUACCAAGCAGCGAGUCACAAACCUCUCUAACAAGUAAUGAGAGUAAAACAACAACUGGGACAGAGAAUGGCAGUACACCGAAACUUGUUCCUCCCUCGCCACCACCAGUUAAAAAGCUACAAGUCCCUGAAGAUUCGCAGCAGAGACUCACAACUGCCAAUAUCGCUGCUGGAGCAAACUCUGGCCUGUACGACAUGCUGCAAGAAUACAUGUUGGAAAACGAGCAUCUUCGAACGACAAACGUAGAACUUGUCCAAAGUCGCGAAGAAGUUUCGAGACAACAAAUGGUUUUGUCAAGAGAAAAUGAUCGGCUUUCCAAGAAACUAGAAGAGUUAGAAAGGGUGAUCGUAUCUUCGCCGAUGUCCCUAAGGACCUUAUCUGGUGUGGAGUCGUUAAGAGGUGUUGAACGAACCGGUUCACUCCCAGAGGAGCGUUUUAUGAACGCUUUCCCAGGCCACUCUGCUGGUUCACAGCCCGCGCAAGUCGCAUCGGAACCGAGCCGCCUAGAAAGAAGAAAUUCUUUGCCAAUGCAAUCCAAGGAUCGACAUCGCGCCACGUCAGACUCAGUCACAAAAUUCCCGCCAAUUCAGAACGGACCUUACCCAAACUUUGUUGGGCAGGGCGGCUGGCAGCAAAUACCGGAGACUCAAGUGCCCCAUCGCGAAGUGGCUCCUCAGCCGAACAACAACUUUCACCAUAAAGCACCGCAGGCUCGCUCUGGCCCAGACCCUUCACACAAGGCAAAACCUACAGUUAGCACAAAGAAGAGAUCGGUUCCUGUGAGCGAGCGUCCUCAAAAAGCCGCUAACAGCUACGCUCGAAUGUUUGCCGCUCAAAAGGAAAAAAAAGCCAAAGAAACCAAGGAAAACGAAGGGAAGAAUUCACAUAACAAUGAGAUGAAUCGCAAAAGUGGCCCUGUAGAACACGUGAAUCCGCCUAACGCAUACAUAGAUGGGAUAAGUUACGGUGGCCAUCCAAACACUGGGUGGACUGUGGAUAAUGGCAUUCCUUCAACGUACGACCCUGCACUAGUUGGAAAUCACCAGCUUGCUGAACGUACAAGGCAAGAACUGGAGCAGUUAGACUCUCAGAUAGAAUACCACAGAUUUAUGGCUCAGAAGAGAUACAACAACAACCCACCCAGAUGACCCCCACCCACCCUUACACUCCUCCCCCCGGACAACACCCACAUAUUCACCAUACGUGGAAAUCUUGAUGUAUAUGUUCAGGACUUUGUUUCAUUUCUUUUUUAUUUAUUUAUCGCAAAUGGAACAGUGGAUGGGGAAUGUUAUGAAUUUAAGAGGGAGGAAGAAUUGUAAUUUACGUUUAGGAUAGUUGAUAUUUGUAUAUUUUCUGUACAUAAAAUUAUUUACUUUAAGUAUAUUUCCACUUAUUUCUUCACUGAUGUAUAGAGAGGAAAAUGAAGAUAUUAAGUUUAUAUCAAAUUUAUUUGAAGAUUAAAGAUAUACGCAUCCGUUGUGUUAAAAAAAAUUGUUGUUUUUUUCUCGCUAUACGGCAGACCAAAUGAAACGAGGACCGAAAAUGGGGGGCGGGGGGNGGGGGACGUUUUUCGCCUUCAUUUUCAUUCCUCAUACUAUUUGCCAGCCGUGCUCGCUUUUAAAAACGUUUACAUUUAAGAUCAACUUCAGUGCAAGCCCAGGUAUAACGAAAAGCCCCAGCGAAUACGUCAAUGUCUUCCAUGAUGGUAUUGAGCUUUGACGGGUUUACAGAGUGCUUUAUAACGAAUCAAAUCUUCGAUAUCAAUUGAGUGUGUUAAAUCAAAGUGCAUGCAGUGUUGCCUGUAACUCGAUGUAUAUGAGAUUUUGAAAUUCCUUUCCAUUCGAAGCCAGGUCAUUUCAUAGCCGACUACAAUCAGUCCUCUUGGUUUUCUUACAUCGUCGAUGAAGCAAUAUUAGACAAUUAGGUUUCCUGUCACCCAAUCAGAUCGAACAUAAGCAAGUAUAAAGAGUAAUUUUCAUGUUGCUUGGCGAAACUUCAUUAAAAUUUCAUUCAACUCCCUUGACUGAAACUGUGGCCGACUGUGUUCGCGCGCGUGAGAAGUGACCGUGUGAAGACUGGAUCGAGUGUGCAAGGGAGCGUAACAGGAAAUUCCCCGCCUUUUCCUCUUCUCUGGUUCUUGCUAAACGAGUCGUGUGAAGAGGGAGAUAAUUCUUGGGUGGCCAUGAGAAAGAUUAGAGAAGAAGUGAGAGGGAACAUGGGUAGAAGUGACUUUUUUUAAUUAAAAACAGCAUGUGAUUGCUUCUCUUCCUUUCUUCUUUCCGUACUUUUCGUCCGCUAUUUUGUUUGUUUCCCUUUGUUGUUGUUCGUUUUUAAAAAGGACGACUGAGAAAUGUACCAGGAUGUAUAGCGCACAGGCAGAGCCAUUGUAUAUUGCGCAUAUUUUUGUUGUUGUUUUGUUUUGUUUUGUUUUGUUUUGUUAGUUGUUUUUUUGUCAUCCUCCAAGUUUACAUUUACAACCUCAGCUAAACGAUGGAUCAAACAUUUCCAUCAAGCAUCUUGUUGUAAAUCAAACAAUUUCUCCCAGAAAAAAAAAAGAAAAUUGUUCCUUCGUUUCGCGGGGGCUAGUUUGAAUAGGUAUGCACAAAUUUGCCAUAGUUCAAAUUUCACCAAUCGAAUCGCACCUUUAAUAUUAUGCAGAAUUAAUGCAUUCAGUUUAGUGCAUGUGCGAAAAUUUUCCUUCUUCAACGACCACGUUUGCUUAAAUUUAGUUGAAGUUGUGUGGGUAUGUUUCUACUGGUCGCUUAGUUGGAAAGUUUGAACAAAUAAGGACGUGGAAAAGCAAGAAACGCUUUACGCUUGAUCG